AGCGCUUCGACGACGCCGGCGUUUUGUUUACGUUGUUCGUGCAGGUUGGUUGGUUGGUGCGGCAUCAAGUUUGAUCAGAAUCGUUGGAAUUUCGCCUGAAAAUGAUGAAAGAUUCGGACUUUGUGGACCCGAAGAAUGUGGUCAAGUGCCGGGAGUUGCUGUACCGCUUGAUGAUCAGCCAACUCUUCUACGACGGCCAUCACCAGUUGGCGGUCGAGCUGACGGGUUUGGUGCGUGCCGAUCCGCCGUGUCCGCCCAGCGAUCGGCUGCUGAACAUUUUCCGUCAGGCGAGUCAGAUCGACUCGAACAAGCCAACGAACGUCUUUGACGAGAUCACUUCCGGCUUGGAUCUGGAGUUUGAGAUCGAAAGCUCGGCGCUGGCACCGGAACCGGCGUCGUACGAGACGGCGUACGUUACGUCGCACAAGGCGGCCUGCCGGGCGGGUUGCUUCAGCUACGAUGGUCAGCUGGUUGCCACCGGGAGUGUGGACGCCAGUAUCAAGAUUCUGGACGUGGACCGGAUGCUGGCAAAGUCGGCACCGGACGAGCAGGAGCCGGGGCGCGAGCAGCAGGGUCACCCGGUCAUUCGAACGCUGUAUGAUCACACGGACGAGGUGGCCUACCUGGAGUUUCACCCGAAGGACCAGAUCUUGGCGUCCGGCUCGCGUGACCACACCGUAAAGCUGUUUGACAUUUCCAAGGCAUCCGUCAAGAAGGCCCACAAAGUGCUCAGCGAUUGUGUCCCCGUUCGCAGCCUUGCGUUCCACCCGACCGGUGACUACAUGGCCGUCGGAACCGAUCACCACGUGCUGCGCGUCUACGACGUCCACACCGGCCAGUGUUUCGUCAGUGCCAUUCCCUCCCAGCAGCACACCGACUCGAUCACCUGCGUGCGAUAUUCCGUAAACGCCAAAGUCUACGCCACCGGCAGCAUGGACGGCGCCAUCAAGCUCUGGGACGGCGUCAGCGGCCGCUGCAUCAACACCUUCUCCCAAGCCCACGACGGAUCGGAGAUCUGCUCCAUCGCGUUCACCCGCAACGGAAAGUACCUGCUCUCCUCCGGACAAGACUCGCUCGUCAAACUCUGGGAACUCAGCACCAGUCGCUGCCUGAUCGCGUACACCGGUGCCGGAACAACCGGCAAGCAGGAACACCAAACCCAAGCCGUGUUCAACCACACCGAAGACUACGUGCUCUUCCCGGACGAGGUCACCACGUCGCUGUGCUCGUGGAACUCGCGGAACGCGUCCCGCUGCCACCUGAUGUCGCUCGGACACAACGGAGCCGUACGCUUCAUCGUCCACUCGCCGAACCAUCCGGCCUUCCUGACCUGCUCCGACGAUUACCGGGCGCGAUUCUGGGUGAGAAGAUCCAACUCACACUAGAGACGGCCCCGAAAUUGCAUGCUUAAUAUCACAUUUCAUUCUUUUUAUUUUACCUUUUUUUGAUGUAGGUGAAGCUGAAAUAAAUCUAACCCACAGAUUAGUGUGAGUGUGUGUAAAAUGUAAAACGAUAGCCAAAUCUUGGAAACCCGA